AUGGGUUCUAUCCUGGUUUCUUCACUCCCCAUCAUCUGGCGUGCCGAGGCUUCUGAAGCCGACUACGAGCAGGCACGCGUUGAGAGGAUUUUCAACCAACGCAGGCCCUCCCGCUACCCCCGUGCGGUGGUGCAAGCUACCGAGGAACAUCAUGUCGUUGAGGCUGUCCAACUUGCCAUCCAACAACGGUGCCGCGUGUCUGUACGCUCUGGCGGCCACAGCUGGGCUGCCUGGAGCGUCCGGGAUGAUGCUAUUCUCAUAGAUCUUGGCGGAUACCACUUUAUGAGUCUCAACGAGAAUGACCGAGUCGUCACCGUAUCUCCCAGCUCCACAGGUAACGUGCUCAACGGGUAUCUCAAUGCGAAAGGCCUCAUGUUUGCUGGCGGUCACUGUCCUGACGUGGGUGUGGGCGGGUUUCUACUACAGGGAGGCAUGGGCUGGAAUUGCAAAAAUUGGGGCUGGGCUUGUGAACAGAUACUGGCUAUCGAUGCCGUGAAUGCGCAGGGCGAACUUGUCCACUGCAACGCAAAGCAGAACUCCGAUCUCUAUUGGUGUGCCAGAGGCGCUGGGCCUGGAUUUCCUGGCGUGGUCACCAAGUUCUAUCUCCAGGUCCGGCCAUCAUACAGCAAGAUGCUCUCCACUGCCUUCUUCUAUCCACUCUCCCAUUAUCGAACAGUUAUGGAUUGGGUGACCAAGAUAUCACCAGGAUACGACGGAGAUACAGAGAUUGUGGCUGUCGGCGCCACCCCUCCUACCGAACUGGGUAUUCAUGAGCCUUGUAUCAUGCCGUUGUUUGUCACUUUCAAGGACUCGGAGGACGAAGCUAGAGCGGCUCUGGCGCAGGCGAAUAAGUCUCGGCCCGACGGGGCGCUCCUUGAACUCGUCAACCAGCCUACCAGCCUAGCAAAAGAGUAUCAAAAUCAAGCCGCCGCCAACCCGAAGAAUCACCGCUACUGCGCGGAAAACGCCUACAUCUGUAACGAUGCAGAUGUCGUCACCGUGCUCGAGGAAGCAUUCACCACCUUGCCACAUCCCAAAGCAUUCUCGCUAUGGUACUCGAUGAACCCAUGCAGCCGGCGAAGUCUACCUGACAUGGCUCUCAGCAUGCAGAGUGACCACUAUUUUGCCCUCUACACUGUGUGGGAAAAUGAAUCUGAUGAUGCAAGAUGCAAAGCCUGGGUACGAGAUAUCAUGACAAAGGUCGAGCGCCAUAGCGAAGGCGCAUAUCUGGGCGACUCGGACUUCCAGGUUCGACGCACCAAGUUCUGGACAGAUGAAAAUGCGACGAGGCUGAUGGAAUUGCGUCGGCAGCUGGAUCCUCUGGGCAUCAUAUGUGGCUACCUGGAUGUGGAAGACGGCUCGGGCGUCAACGGGCUGGCCAACGACCACGAGUGGACAUAA